AACCGAGGCACAUACCUAAAAAGUGAGAGGGCUGGGAUUGAAGCAGCAGAAGUUUAACGUUGCCGGACAGAGUCGAGGUCAGGAAUUCACACCUAUUCAAGAGUGAUUAUAUUAAACGUGCGCGUUCCGCGCGUCUUCUCCAUCGUGCGCCUCCGUCGACCUUCGCGUAAAGACCAUCAAUGAAGGAGCGCAGAUCUAUCCAGAAACUGUCCCUACAGCCCGGUAUGGAUUCGAGUCAGAGCGUCAAAUGCAAAAUCGUGGUCGUGGGAGACAGUCAAUGUGGGAAAACAGCUCUGCUCCACGUUUUUGCCAAGGACUGUUUUCCUGAGAAUUAUGUGCCCACUGUGUUUGAGAAUUACACAGCAAGUUUUGAGAUUGACAAACAGCGAAUAGAGCUCAGCCUGUGGGAUACCUCAGGCUCCCCUUAUUAUGACAACGUUAGACCUCUUUCGUAUCCCGAUUCGGACGCCGUCAUCAUAUGCUUCGACAUCAGUCGACCAGAGACUCUGGACAGCGUUUUAAAAAAAUGGAAAGGGGAGAUCCAGGAAUUUUGUCCCAACACAAAAAUGCUGCUCGUCGGAUGCAAGUCGGACCUUAGGACGGACCUGACGACUUUAGUCGAACUGUCCAAUCACAGGCAGACGCCCGUGUCAUACGAUCAGGGUUCAGCUAUGGCCAAGCAGAUAUCAGCACCUUACAUCGAAUGCUCGGCAGUGCAGUCGGAGAACAGCGUGCGGGACAUUUUCCACAUGGCGACAUUGGCGUGCGUAAACAAGAACAACAAAAACAUCAAACGCAACAAAUCGGCACGCUCCACCAAACGCAUCUCGCACAUGCCCGUGCGACCGGACCUGGCCGCCGUGGCGACAGACCUGCGCAAGGACAAAGCGAAGAGCUGCACGGUCAUGUAAAAUGAGCUCGGUGGGGGGGACAGAUGCAUUGUGGGAAUCAGUAAGGAGGGCGGACUAUGGAAGGUUACCUGCUUCCAAACACAAAGAAGAAGCGGAGAGGGCGAGAAGGAGCGCCGAAUUCCCUGAAGUUCUCUCGAAUUACGGAGUUCCGGAAUAACGGUAUGACCCCACCCACCCCUCCCUAACGUAUUCGAUCAGCAGGAGGAUGUCACCGCCCUCUCGGCCAAUGGGAGCUCUUCCGGCUCCUGGAAGUGAAGCUGCUUCCUCUGGAGGUUUCCUCCUGGAAGCUCACCGGACUUGCCUGCAGAAAGGACUUGAGGAAGUUGAAUCACAUAACCAUUGAAUCCAGAUUUCCGCUGAGCUUCGGCGCACUGCUAUUUUUAAAACGCUCUUAGAGAAGAUGCGUAUUUUUGGGGGGUUUCGUGUGGUGGUGAAGGAAAUGUUGUUUUUUAAAAUGAUGACAUUUCGACUGUCGCCUCUGUUUGGAAUGAGGAUUUGAAACGAGAGGGUAUCACUGUGGUUACGGAUCGCUUCCUCUUACGGUCCAGUUACGGUCGGUUUCGUUCCCUCUGGAGUUUGUGUGUGCGUGGUUUUCGUUUCCUUAUGCUAAGCUCAGCUAAAACUGUCUCCAUGGAUACACCGCUGGUAUAUUUGGACCUGGCAUAACUCCUCAUAAAAACAGUUCAUUAGGAUUUCAGAAAAUAAAGAAACCAAAGAACUGGAAAAGACGUGGAUGUUUGAUGGAUGAGUAUUGUAGAAGGCUUUGGUGGAUCAAUAAAAUUUCUUCCACGGUUCUGUAAGAACACAAAUGUGACCUUUUGAGAUUCGAUCAGAUCUUCAGUCCAACAGCUGAAGCACGGCAGUAAGUUAAAGCAGCUAAUCGAAGCUAUAAAGAAUUCGAAUUUUAAUAGACUAGUCAUGCAUACUUGUGAGAAGUCAAUUAGAUGACUUUUAUAACCCAUCACUACAGACGCAGUACAGCAAAUUAGAAACUAACAGUACAGCAGAUUGCAAUAGCUGUCAGUCGAAACUAACAAAUAAUUGUGCAAACAAAUUUUUUUUUUGAGCGUAAUGAAUAAAAUGCUGAAACUUAAACUUUGGUUUUGUUUGCUCAGUCCAGCACAAAAGACUUCGACUUCGGGGGAAGAUGUAGGAACAUAAAGUUUUUUUUUACCAUCUUUACUCGACAAUGCAGUUCAUUUUUCGCUCCAAAACGCAAACAUGACUCAAAAAAAAAUUUACGAUGCACAAAACGUGUUACGAAUCAGAGCUGUGGGAGAAUAUCCGUAGCAUUGAAAUAAACUGAACCGAACAGAUUUUCAGAUGUAUGAAGCUAGCUGCAGACUUUCAUUCGCUGCAUGUUUGUAGUUGCACUUUUAAUUUCCAACUUUGGCAAAACGAACGAAAAAUUGUUUUUUACAUUUUGUGUUGUUGUUUUUUUUUUUACGGGUCAGAGAUAAAUUUCUUAAAAUCUGUUUCAACAUAGGCAGUAUUAAACAAUUUUUGUGUGUGUAAAUGUUGAGAAAUGUGUUGGUGCUGAUAAAUAAUGUUACCUAGGAUGUCUGUUUUUAACCAUGUGUUGAGGUCCGUUUAUGUCUGUUUUUGUUGAUGUUGACAUGAUAUUUAUUGAAUUCUAUAUUUUUCCCUCAAAAAUAAAUCGGAAAAUAAAUGAAAAUGAAUCUUUUUGAUAUGAAA